GCAGGAGAGGGGGGAGUGAAGGACUGACUGUGCAAGUCAAAGAAUUUUCUUAGAAGGAUUUUAAGCAAGAGAGCCGCUUCUCCUGGUUUCCAUCUGCUGCCUUUUAUGGUAAAACAAGUCGAGGGGGAUUUGGUGUAGCUAGUAGUGAAGCCCAGACUGGACAAGGGCUCAGUUAGACACACUCACAACAGGAUAGCAGGGGGCUAAGGAGCAGGGAGAGAGCGUGUGUGGGACACUGGGGACGCUUGAGACGGCGGCACACAGCAUCACAGGGCUCAUGGGAACAAUACGCAGAGAGACUUAACAGGUCCAGGACUCAGACAGACCAGACUGAAAGGCAGAAGUAAAGAUGACAGAGCGUUAUGACUGCCACUACUGUAAGGAGUCUCUGUUUGGGAAGAAGUAUGUUCUUCGUGAGGAAAACCCAUACUGUGUGAAGUGCUAUGAGAGCCUGUACUCCAACACCUGUGAGGAGUGCAAGAAACCCAUCGGCUGCAACAGCAGGGAUCUGUCCUACAAGGACCAUCACUGGCACGAGGACUGUUUCCACUGCUUCCAGUGCAAGCGCUCACUGGUGGACAAGCCUUUCUCCACUAAAGACGAGCAGCUGCUGUGCACCGAGUGCUAUUCUAAUGAGUACUCCUCCAAAUGCCAUGAGUGUAAGAAGACCAUCAUGCCUGGCUCCAGGAAGAUGGAGCAUAAAGGAAACAGCUGGCAUGAGACCUGCUUUACCUGCCAGCGCUGCCAGCAGCCGAUUGGCACCAAGAGCUUCAUCCCCAAAGACAACCAUAACUAUUGCGUGCCCUGCUACGAAAAGCAGUUUGCCAUGCAGUGUGUUCACUGCAAGAAGCCCAUCACCACUGGCGGUGUGACGUACCACGACCAGCCGUGGCAUAAGGACUGUUUCCUGUGCACUGGCUGUAAGCAGCAGCUCUCUGGCCAGCGCUUCACCUCUCGUGAUGACUUUGCCUACUGCCUUAACUGCUUCUGCAACUUGUUUGCCAAGAAAUGUGCCUCCUGCACCACCCCCAUCAGUGGACUCGGAGGAAGCAAGUACAUCUCCUUUGAGGAGCGCCAGUGGCACAACGACUGUUUCAACUGCAAGAAGUGCUCAGUGUCUCUGGUGGGCAGAGGUUUCCUCACUGAGAGAGAUGACAUCCUGUGUCCCGAGUGUUGCAAAGACAUGUGAAAGCGUGCAAGAAAAAUGCAAACAUGCAUGACACUUAACAUGUUAAACCAAAGCAUGAAACAGUGUGAGCAAUGAAUACAUUUAGGUACUCCAUGAAAACAUAGCAAACAUUGAUGAAGCAAAGAUUAUAAUAGUGUAUGAAUAGCAAGAGGCAGACUUUCUUUAUUUCAGGAGAGAUAUUUCAGCUUGCUUUAACUUGAAGACUGAGGAAGAGAAUUUAUUCUAAAGAUUAAACUGACAAAUGUGAGGAUAAUUACCAUUAUUAUCUCUAUUAAUUGUCUAACUGGCUCUCUGAUAUGUUGGAUAACCCUAACUUGCAAAAAGUAUUUUGGUCUUUUUGUGUAUCUAACAGUUAAGGAUGAAUUCUAAAUAAAGUACAUUUAAUGCAAUAUCAAUAAAGCUUAUUAAAACAAAUUGAAUGCAUGUUGUUUUUUUGUUUCUCUAAUUGAAUGACAUGAACUGGACUAUUGCACUAGCAAGCACUCAGUACAGAUCAAACGAUAAAACAGGACAAUAGAGCCACCUAGUGUUCACAAUGCCCAUGCAACACAAUG